AAUAACAAUAUGGCGCUGAUUAAGUAAUAAUAGACUUCUAAUGUUUGCUAAUAUUGCAAAAAUGGAUUUCUUUUAAUAUAAUUAAAGUAGCCGAUUAAUUUAUAAAUAUUUUAUUCAAAUUGUCUCUUGUUUGUGCCAAAUUAUCUCUGAAAUCUAAUUUUAUCAAAACUAUGUCGAAAUUUGAAAAGCUUGUAAAAAUUGAAGACACACGUCCCGAAUCUCGUUUAACGGAUAUUGAUAAGCUUCCUCAAAGAGAUAACGAGAAGAAGGGAAGUUAUUAUUGGAGAAUAAUUCGCCAUAGUGUCUGCCAUGCCAUAGAUGUUUUAAAAAAGGCAGAUGUUAAGGACGCUAUCGUCAGGCAUGGAGUACAUCAUAGAAGAUGCUUGAAUCAUUCAGAGGACAUCACUAGAUUGAUUUACAACAAAGUAGAUAGGAAUUUCAUAACUCUUGAUGACCAAAAAAUUCGAACAUUUCUGUACGAUGGUCGUAAAAAAGAUACAGUACCUUUGGAAAAAGAUAUAAAUGGUCUUGUGUUUGCUACUCAAAUGAAUUUAUUUAUAGGAUAUACCCAUGGUAAAAGGAAAGUGCACUUAAUGAGCCAAGAAUUUGAAUUGAUUUCAUCAGCAAAAUGUUUAAAGCCUAUUCAAUCGGCUAUAUAUAACGAAAAUUUGAAUGAACUAAUUACUUUAGGCCAUGGUCAAAUGACGAAUUGGGUGUUCAGAUAUGCUGGACGGCAUAUCUUACCAAAGAAAUCUAAUGAAGAAUGCUAUGAUGAGAAAUUUAAGUUUGAAAAUCUCUGCUUAGAGGACACGGCAAGUAGGAAUCAAAAGUUAUUUGCCGCUUAUGGGGCAGGCGUUAUUGCAUUUAACGCUUUUAAUACGGAAGUUAUUAUUGAAAAACAUGAUUUGCACGAGUAUCCUGUAACAGCAAUCUGUUUCUUUAAUCCUUUAAAGUACCUUUGCACAGGAGCAAAGGAUGGAUGCAUUAAAGUAUGGAAUGAAAGCUGGCACGUUCAAAUUGUAUUUGUUGGUCAUGAAUCUUCGAUUCUAUCGUUAGCGUUAUAUCCUUACGGACCUUUAAUAUUAUCUUCCAGUAUGGACAAUACAAUUAGGGUUUGGAGUUUAGAAACGUGCGAUGAAGUGGAUUUAGUGAGAACAAAAGAGCCGGCUCUAUCCCUUCAAACUUCUCUUAAUGAAGAUAUUAUAUCAUCACGCUCGAGACGACAUGUUGAUCUAUGGAAAGUGCAAAAUGUUCAUAUGCUCCAUACAACCAUCGGUCACCGAGUAGCGUGCAUUAAAGCAACCGAUCACCCUGAUCAUCCACUUCGUUGCAUAUUACUUUGUAGAGAUAACAGCGUUAGAGUAACUUGUCCAUCAAACGGAAACGUUCUCACAACUUUAUUAAUGAGCAGAAAAAACAGACUAGUAGACGCUGUCUAUGCUAUUGAUGACGAGAUAAUGUUUGCUACCUUCGCAAAUGGAGAUAUCGUUAAGGCUGAUACAACGACCAAUCCAGCAAGAAUAUUAGAUAUAUGGAAAACUAAAAACCCUUCCAAAGCUUGUAAUUACUUACUUAUAUAUGAAUACGUUGUUAAUAAUCAUUUAAAAAGUGAUACAUGGGAUUUUAUGAAAAGAGCCGCAGGAAAUAAGGCACUAAAAUUUCAACCCGGAAUGGCAACCAGUAAAACGUUAUUAAUUGGUGGAAGAAAAGAUGGAACACUUUGCGUUUUCAAUUGGGAGAAUGGAGAUGUUCAAUUUGAUAUUGAGGCACACGGCGUUAAAGGUGUACUUAGUAUGAUUGGAAAUUCCAAAAAUGAUCAAGUUAUCUCUGCCGGACUUGAUAAUAUUAUAAAAGUUUGGAGAGUUUUCCCUUAUUCAAUGGAGUCAUUAGCUCCUUUAAUAUCUUUUUAUUGUGCUCAUACCCCCGUUCACAUGAGUGUUAUGAGAGGAAAAUUAUCUGUUGCCUUUCAGGAGCAUGCAAGCGCCACCUACAGUAUUGUUUUGUAUAAUCUCCAGGACAAGGACCGACAUGAUCAUGGACCAGAGGAUGAUCACAUGGAUACUAUUACUGGAUUGUCUGCGUGCUCUAAAAUGAAAUUGUUUGCGUCGUCUAGUCAAGAUGGAACUGUAAGGAUUUGGAAUGAAAUGAAUAAUUUGAUAAGGUGUAUAAAAUUGAACGCUAUUCCUCAUAGCGUAGUUUUUUGUAACGAUAAAGGUAACUUACUUGUUGGAAUUGGAGAUCAUGUUCAUCUAAUUGACUAUAAGCACUAUAUGCCGAAGGAUUAUCGAUUAAAGAUGGUAGCAAUGCAAUUCGCAAAAUUUAUAGAUGAAAAACCAAUGCCGUUUGAUGAGAAAUUACUAGAAUUACUUACAAGAGAGGAUGUAAAGCGUUUAAAAGCAGCAAGGUCAUCAUUCAAAUUUACUCAUUUUGUCGAUAUUCUCACGGAGGAAGAAACAGAAGAGGUUAUGAAAGAGAGAAAGGUUAGAGAGAGGGCUUUUGAAAAUUUAGAAAAGAGAGAUGAAGAAUUGAAAAUGAUAAUAGAAGGUACUUUAGAGCCUAAGAAGACGAUAAAAAUGACAGAAAAAAUUAAGACUGAAGCGUUUAAUAAAUACCUAAGUUUGUUCUAUGAAAGACCAGAAAUUAAGCUACCUGACGUUGAUCCAUAUCCGGAAGAUACUUUAAAGGAGUAUGUAUUGGGUAAGGCUCCUCAUGUUAUAAAAAGUACGGAAAAAUCAGCCCCAGAAAUGCCCAUCCAAAAGAUCCCUACUGGUUUCUUUCCGGAUACAAAAACUUCAAGCAAUACUUCCAUACGUAAUGAUUGUUUCAUACCAAAUUCUGUUCUUGCCAAACUCCUUUGGCCAACGGAAGAAAAAACUUAUAUUCAAGACGAACAACCUUGGAAACCCCCGACCUUGUCAGACGCUCAACUACGUCAGUUAAAGAAAGUAAACUUCAGGCAACCAAAACGAAAAAUUAAACGUAAAAAGAAAGAGGCCACUGAGGAAAGAGUUUUGAUAUUUGAUUAUGACGACGAAGAUGAAAAGAAAACAGUAGUAUCUUCGUUAGGGGAAUUUGAUGGUGAGAAAGCUGAAUCAAGACCGGAAACAGCCAAGUCCAGCAAAGUCGAUGAGGAAACAGAGCCAAGUGUUAUAACCUCUUUUAUGGAGAAAAUUAAAGAUGCUUUAGAGGAUAAAUCUAAAACUCCAGAAUUAAAAACUCCUCCAAGAACGCCUACACCUGCCAAAGUAGCCGUUCCAGAAUCUAGUGCCCGAGACGUUUUAGAAGCGCAAUUAAAGAGGAAAAAAGAAUUGAUUUCCGAUAGGCAGAAAUCUUCUAUUAUUGCACCUCCAACAAGUAGCUUUGUUAGUGAGAGGACAUCGAAAUAUAGCUCUAAAGAUUUGGGUGGCAAUGCAAUUUCCGAACAAGAUAUACCACCGGCUUCGUCCAUCGGAUCAAGAACGACUAUUAGAUCGUCAAGAACCUCAUUCAAACCUGCAUCAGAUCAACAACCUUUAGAGACACCGGCGGAACCUAAACCUGAAAAACUACCUUACUUUAUAACCCAAUUUUUUGGUGAAGAAUGGAUGGGAAAAUAUUUUCCAAAUUGUAAUGAGAACGAGGGAGAAUCUGAGAGAGACACAAUGCCGAAACCAUGGACUGUAGCUAAUUUCGUAACUAUGAUUGCGAGAUUAAUACGAAUUGCUGAAUAUAAAUUAAAAGUUCAAAUUAUUCAGGCUUUACAAUUACUAUAUGACCAGCACGGGAUUCCAGAUCCUCCUCUUAAUACAGUCAUCAAAAACAUUAUUUCAGUAUUAAAUCAUCAUUCUUUUCCUCCAAAUUGUAAAGAUCCUAUGGAGAAAAUGUUUGUUAUCGAGAGUUUUAAAUUGCUCCAUUCAGUCGGUGCUAAAGACAGAGAAACUCAUGUAGAACUUAUUUAUUACUAUUUGGAAGGAGAUAUUAGCGUUAGAAAUUUAAUAAGCGACAUCUGGAAAUUGUUUGGAAUUAAAGAUCCGCAAAAUUUCUUUAAGAAAGAAUUGGAUGAGUGGGAUAUUUGGGGAAUUUCAGAAAAAGAUCGACCUUCGGAAAUUCGUCGAAUGGCUGUACAUUGGUUGGAAAAAUGGUUAACAAAAUUUAAAGAUCAGUUGGCUUCUGCCGUCGAAAAGCUAAGAAAAGGAGAAGGAAUUCAAGCUCAACUAGGACAAGAUCAGUUAAAAAAGAGAAAUCUAAGAAAUACAAGCAUAACUCAAUCUGAAUCAACAAGAUCCUUAACUGUAACAUUUGACAUGCCUCCUGGUGAAAAAGCUGUUGAUAAUGUAACAUAUUUAGACGCUAUUAACUAUUUCGUUGAUAUGAGACUGCAAGCUAACCUAGCUAGAAUCAGGGGCGAUGGUUCAUUCGCCAAAAGCGACGGAGUAGAAAGGAACACUGUAUUGGUACUUCCGCAUUUACCAAAAUCGCAAUGUCUAGUUCGUUUAGGAAUAACUCACACAAGUCAAUGCCGACCUGAACGAGAAACCAAUCUCUAUAAUGCUAAACAAAUGAAAUCCAACUGUGGCGAUAGCUUUCGCUGUAUUAACUUACCUAUGUCAACUGUUUACGUUGAUCCUUUUAACACACAACCAGAAAAGGAAGAACCAGUUUUAUUAACAUUAAAAGUGUCUCAAAAAUAUUUUGUACCGUCAAAAUCUUAUGUUGUUAAUUAAAAAACAAUAUCUAUUGCCUAUAUUUAUAUAUGCUAAUUGUGUUAUAUUGUACGUACUGCUAAUAUUAUAUCUAUAUAUACAAUACAUAUAUAGAUAAUUGCCUAAUUUAGAUAUAAAGUUGAGAAAUCUAUAUUUAAUCCUAGAUUGUCAAGAUAGAAAUAGAUGGGUUCCGUAUUUGUCUUAAAAGCACAGGUAGAAGAAAGAAAGGAAGGGAUCAGAGAUCAUUU